AUGUCGGACAAUGGUUUUAUUGGCCCACCCUUCAUCCAAGUAACUGGAGUACCCAACCUCAGGGACAUUGGGGGAUAUCCCAUCACCUCAUCAGAAGGGAAGGUAGUAAGAACAGGUGUCGUCUUCCGGUCAUCCGAACCGUCUAAAGUGGACGACGAGGGCAUCAUCAAGCUUCAGGCUUUAGGCAUCAAGGACGUGUACGAUCUCCGCUCCCGCCUCGAGCUUGUCAGAGAUGCUCAGAACGGGAAUGGGAGACAGGCGAGGACGUGGCCUGGUGCAACCCGUGUCGUCGCCCCGGUGUUCUCGGACUCCGAGUAUACCCCUGAGGCCAUAGCCGCGAGGUUCCGAAUGUAUGCGACUGAUACCACGACGCCUAUAGUGCUGGCACACCUGCGAGAGAUCCUCAAGGCAGCUUCCGUGGAGGACAACCCGGAUCGACCAUAUAGGAGUAUCCUGGAGCAUCUCGCUUCCACCAGCACUGGUGGUCCGUACCCUAUAUUGAUACACUGCUCUGCGGGAAAGGACAGGACUGGCGUGAUCUGCGCACUGAUACUGUCGCUAUGCGGUGUCGAGGAUGAGGCUGUUGCGCACGAGUACAGCCUGUCCGAGCUAGGGCUCAAGUCGCGCCCAGAAUUCUUGCGAAAUCUACUGCAGGAGCCGGUCGUGAAGGGAAAUGCAGCGGCCGCCAUGCAGAUGGUGGGUUCAAGAAAGAGAUUCAUGUUGGCCUUGUUGAGGACCAUCAAGGAGCAGUGGGGUUCGAUUGAUCAAUGUGUCAUUGAGCUAGGUCUCAUUGAUCAAGACGGUAUUGAGAAGCUGCGGCGAAACAUGAUUGUCGAUAUCCACGCUAUUGGUGGGACAGAACUCGAAUGGAAGUCUCACGCGGAACUUGUGGCGAGGGCUGAGGACGAGGCUGACAGGCGGAUAGACGCUCUAGUGGCUGCAGCAGAGUCGUAG